AUGCUUGUGCUCGACCCGGCAGACCGAAGCCCGAUAGAAGACCUUACCGAGUCUCGGCUGAAGGAGCUGAUCGAUGAGUAUGUUUGCGUGGUUGAAUUGCCGCCAGAGUUGGAUCCAAGAUUGUUCACGUCAUUGUAUCGCAAAGAGAUUCGCGAUUAUCCUGAGAUCUCGUACAAUCUGCAUUUGGGCUGCUCCUACCGGCUAGGCGACUAUGUCAAGGUUGAUUCUGAGACCAAGGUCAGUUGCUACUGUCACCGCAACAUUGCAGUAAAUCCCUGGUACUGA